CGCCGGCUGCAGUUGUUUGUGAAAUCAAGGACCAAAAAUGGCCAAGUCGAAGAAUCACACAGCUCACAAUCAGUCGUACAAGGCUCACAGGAAUGGAAUCAAGAAACCCAGGAAACACCGUCACAGAUCCAGCAAAGGGAUGGAUCCCAAGUUCUUGAGGAACCAAAGGUAUGCUAGGAAGCACAACAACAAGAACGUGGAAUCUGCUAAUGAAGAGUAAAAGAAGUUAGAGUA